AGAGGCUUUACGCUUUCCACUUGGUCUAUCUUCAAUGCUCUAUAAAUAUAAUUUUCAAUUAAUUCUAUGUUAAUUUAUGUUUUAAUACUAAACGUACUAGCACUUCAUACAUUAUACAUUAACUAUUCCUACCAUAACCAAUCAAAUAACUGGUUAUAAAAUAAAGGUAAACAAAUUAAAUGAUAAAUUUUUCUUAAUGAAAAAAGAAACAAAAGGAAAGACGAAAAUUGAAAAACUAGUUAAUCAGACAAUAUAAGAAUUGAUAUAAAGUUAAAUAGACAGAAGAAAAUACAGAAUUUUCAAUAAAACUGGUCAUUUGACUGGUCGCGGUACGUUUAGUGGUAAUAAUGCAUACCUUUAUUGUAUACACAUUAUCUUUAACUUCUAAUUCGCCAGUAAUAGAAGCAAGACUCAAUCCAGGUCGAACUUCACUUGGAACUAUAUUUCCAGCCAAUUCAGGUUCAAUAAAUACUCGUCCUUUCUUCCUUUUCAGAGGUAAUUUAAUUACUUCGCCUCGUUUAAAAGUAAUUAAAGGUUUUUCCUUAAACGCACAUACGGAUCAAGUGUCAAUAUUCAAAAUAAUCCAUACGUAAGUAACAGCAUUUAAGUACUAAGAAACAAAGACUUACUCCAACUGGUUCUAUUACAAGAUCUGUCCUAUGUGGUGCUGUUAUUGGUGGUUGUGUAUAACAUUCAGGUAUCACCAAAUGUUCUGGUUUUAAAUCCCUAAUUAACUUAUUAGCUUGAGUAAAAUUAAGGGAUGUAUCUAUCGGACAAUGUACUGCUUUCAUAGCUAAAGGUUGGAAUGGUGCUAAAGCAUCCAGAUAUGGAAAAUCUGGUUCUAAAAUAAUCACUGAUUAAUACAGAAUAUACAGAGUAUCACAAAAAUAUACAUACUAUACAAAAUGUACCUGUAAAAAUUAUUGUAUGUUGUGGAUUAUUACUCCACAACUGAACAAAAUGAACUGCAUCCCCAAAUCUAAGACUAGGGUGACCACAGAAAACAACACAGGGUUGUCUAUAGUCAGAACUAAAACCUUCUGCAUAUGUUGAUGUAAAAUGUUUUAAUCUAUUAUUUUUAACAAGAAAUGCAUGAGGAAAUGGUUCUUCGGGAAGAUAAACUUUAUUUUGUUUAUUUGUUGAUAACCUACAAUGAAAUCAGAAAAAAUCAUGUAAAUGUUCAUAACAUUCAAUAUUCUCAAACGUACCAUUCAGCUAAUAUAUUUGAGUAGGCUAAAGAUGAUUCAGCUACUGGUGAUAUAAAAAAUAAGGGAACUUGCGUAAAUCCUGACUUGUCCAAAUGAGUACUAAGGCAUUCGAAUAAGUCGUACACAACACCAGAUGGAUAACAAGGUAUUAAAACACAUCCACCAGCUCUGAGGGUCAUAGCUAAAAUCAUAUUUCAAUAUAAGUAUUGAAUUUCUAACAAACAAUAAACACUCGUUACAUACCAACAGUCAUGCAAAGUUCUCCAAGCAUUGUAUCAGGAUUAGCAGUAGGGGUUUGAGUUAAACCUGUCAAUAUUAAUAAGUUGGCAUGUUUUAAUGUUGCCUGUUCCAUAGGACGUGGAUGUGUUGUUAAUGUUGAUGAUCCACUUACAAAUGCAACUUUUUCAUGAUCGCAUGAUAUCAACCAAUUACUACUACCCAAACAAUAUCCAGAGCUUAUAGGGGUUACCGUUAAUGCACCAUAUAUAUCCUAUGAAGGAUUAAUAAAUAUUUAUUCUGAACUAACAGUGUCUUACGUUUACUUACUAAUUUUUGAUCAUAUCCAACAGUUUGAAUGUACGACAAAGCAUUAUUAACUGCUGACAUCGAAUAUACAUGUUUCCAAGACUUUGGUUUAAGGGCAUCAGCUAAAGGGGGAGGUAAAACAUGUAACAUCUCCUUCCAAUGUUUAGCCAAUGUUGCUCUAGGUGUUUGUUCAAUAAAUUCUACUAAUUCUUCCAUAAAAAAUCGUCCAAUUUGUAACGUCGGUUCUGUAGCAUACACAAUGCCUUUAAAACCAGUAUCUUCAGUUAUAAAUGGUAGAGCCAACAUACAGGUAUAAUUUGAUAUCAAAAUAGCAUCGAUUUCUGAAAAAUCAAUUAUUUUCUCCAGUGGUGGAGAAAAUUCAGGAGUAGAAUCUACAAAUACUCUACCACAACAUUCUUUCAAUUCCUAGAAAUGAAACGUUUAAAACUUAUAGAUUAUUACACAUAAGAGAAACUUUUUUAUACAUUGAUUAAAACAUAUAAAUAUUCAAACCCCUUCUAUCUGCCAAUCUUGAUGAUUAUCACGAGGAAGCCAUGAUAGUAAAGAAUUGAAUUUAGCACUAGGAACCAAAGGCAUUGGCAUAAAAUGUAAUACGGAUUGCAUAUUUAAGCCGCAGUCCAACAUUAAUGUAAUGCCUUUGAAACUUAACACCAAACAUGGCUUUGUUGGUUCACUUGAUAAACAAUACUAUAAACAAAAACUCUUAUACAAUACAAUUAUCAUAAACAAUGAUGAUAAUAAAAGUUAAUGAUUGAUAAAAUUUAUGUAUAUUAAGGUUACGAUUGGGAUUAUUAAAAGUAUUCAGUAUCUUAUUACAUUAUUUAUAAUUAAGCACUUCAGUAUCACAAUAAUAAUAGUUACCAAUUUCAUUUUAAAAAUUGCGUUCUUCUUUUUAUUCUUUACUUAUUCGAUCUGUAAGAUAGAAGUAUUUUCAUCGGACAUGUAAACAUUGAAAACAUAACCUCUCAAGAAAAGAGUGUAGUUUUAUGACUUUCAAAUUAUUUUAUGUCAAAUCAAACAUUUGUAAUAUUUAUUCAUAUAAAGUAUAAAAUACAUAUGAUAUACGAUUACAAAAAGAAAAAUUUCCUUCCCUUUUGUCUAUUUAUUUGUGUGUUUAAAAAUGUGUGAAGUUAUAGUAUUGUUCAAUGGUUAUUCUUUAAGACUUGAAAAUGGAACAAUGAAAGCGAAUUGUUCUUGCACACUAAUAAAAGCUUCAAAAAAUAUAAUUGUUGAUACUAUGACAGCUUGGGAUAGAGAAAAAAUAAUAGAAGCUCUUAAACAGCAUAAUAUUACCCCUGAUAAAAUUGAUUAUGUUGUUUGUACUCAUAGUCAUGCAGAUCACAUAGGCAACAAUAAUCUUUUUUUAAAUGCAGAACAUAUAAUCGGAACUUGCAUUCAUCGAGGUGAAAUUUUUCUUGAAAAAAAUUUAAAAGAUGAAGCAUAUGAAAUUUGCCCAGGAGUUAAAAUCAUAGCUACUCCAGGACAUACAGCUGAAGAUGUCACAGUGCUAGUUCAAAGUACUACAUCUGGAAAAUCUGUAUGGUUUGCUAUAACAGGGGAUUUGUUUGAGAAAGAGGAAGACAUCUUAAUUCCUUCAAUCUGGAAAGAAUUGGGAACUGUAGAAUUACAACGAGAUCAAUCUCAUUGGAGAUCGUAUAUAAUUAAUUUUGCAGACUUUAUAAUACCUGGACAUGGACCUAUGUUUAGUGUUACUAAUGAUAUGAGAAAAAUAAUCAAGAAUCAAGAAGUGUGUUAAUUUUAUAAUAUUUGUAAAAAUAAAGUUAAAUUAUAAAUUAAGUUUUAUAGAAUUUAUUAACAAUUUUGA